AUGGCAACACCACAAUCACCAACAGAAUCAGAGACAGUAGCUACUGUAACAUCACCAACUACAGCAGCAGCAGCAGUAGUAGCACCAACACAAAAGUUUUCAUUAGACAUUUUAAAUAUUUCACAAACAUCACAAAUACAGAAUGGUUUGAGACAAGAUGAUUUCACAGCAUAUAGACAAUAUUGUACACGUAGAUUAGGACGUAUUAGAAGUUCAAUGAAGAAACAACUAGGAAAGAAGAAUUAUAUUGCAAAGUUGAACGAUCCAAAGAAUAUCGUCGAUGCCAGAUACUUGUUGAUCGUGCUGAUAAAGACAGAGCGUGCAUGGGCCUACGCCAGAGCGUUGAAGCAAGAGUAUGAGCAGUCCGAUCAAGGACGUCUCAAGUUCCAUAUGAACAGUCGUUUCGCCAAGGCUGCGGUACACGCCGAUCAACUCGAGCGUUUCUGUCGCGAGGUCGCCGACCAGUACACUCAGAUCGAGGCGGCCGCCUACGCUGCGUGGAUUCGCAGCUCUCACAUGAUUGCCUGCUCGCGUUGGCUCGAAGCACUCGAGGCCAUCACCAAGGCUAAGACCAUCUACAGCUCGCUGGCCACCUCGGGAACACCGUCACUCAAACAACUCUAUGUGGGUCGCGUCGAAGAUGCCGAGCCAAUCGAGCGUUUCUGUUUGUACAAUAUGCGUUCACUCGACACCAGUUCCAACUCGACCGUGUUGGCAGACACCACCAAGAUCCUAAAGAAGGUGACAGACGACACUGAGAAGAAGACAAAUCAAAUAUUGUCAAACAGCAGCAGCAGCAGUAAUACAGGUAGCAAACAACAACAAGAACAACCAAUGUCAACAGUCAGCUGGCGUCAAAGACAAGUUAGAGUCAAUGAAAAAGUUCGUGAAAAGCUGGUAAACUAUAGCAAUUUCGUCAAGGAAUAUGACGCCGCCACAAGCGACGAUGCUAAAUUCCCACUCUAUGAAAAGAUUGUCAAGCAGUUGUUGGAUGCAGAGGUGAUGGUGCGUAAUGAACUCGUGAAUAUCGUGCGUGUCAACAUAAAGAACAAGACUGUAAAGUCAGAGGUUGAGGAAUCGGAUCUUCGUGCACUCCUCGCCUAUAUCUCCUAUCACAAAUACCGUUAUCUCUACAACCGUAACGAAACUCUAAUCAACCAAUAUACACAAUCAGCAGACAACAGCAGCAGCAACAAGCAACAGACAACUGUUGUCAAUAGCGGUGGCAAGAAGAAAAAGAUAAGCACUCGCGACAUCAUAAGAAUUCUAACCAAUCAAAUCAAAGUGUAUUCGCGAAUGAUCGAGAACAGAAACGAACAACGUCAGGAUGCAGUGCUAGAAGCACAGCUGCAGUUGCUCAAAGCGACACGUCUCUAUCAUAUCGCCAACGGUCUGGCACUCGCCAAGAAGUGGUCAGAGACAAUGGCGACUGCCGAGCGUGUCUCGUCGAUGAUUGCAACUGCGCGUAAAAACAAGAACGCCGACGUUGUUAAGCGCGCCGACGAACUCGAUAAGCUGGUCGCUUCGAUCCGCUCGCAAGUUCACGCGAACGCGUUCAUCGAGCAGAUGUCAAACAACGAGGAUUUGAAGCGUCAGAUGUCCGAACUUUCACUGUCGUCCGGUGGCGACAACAAUAGCGCAGCAGUAGCCAGCAAGGAUCUUCUCAGUGGUCUCGACAACUUUGACACUUCGUUCCUCGCUGAGAAACGUCUCGUUGAAUUCCCACCACCACUUCAACCGGCACCCACCAAACCUUUGUUUUUCGAUCUUGCAUUCAAUCAAUGUCAAUUCCCCUCGCUCGAAGCCAGAAAGAAGUCAACUCAACCACAAUCAAAGGGUCUAUUCGGUUUCUUUAGAUAA